CCGGAUGGGCUGGCGGCGGGUCCCGGCACCCGGCUGCCGCUGCGGCGACGGGCCAUGGCGGGUAGGCUCGAAGCGCCCCCGGGGCGGAGCGGGAGGGCCGGUCGUGGACCGCAGUAGAGGCUGCGGGCUCCCCUGGGCUGUUUGAGCAGUCGGGAGCGGCAGGAGUCAUGCGUGGCCAGCGGAGCCUGUUGUUGGGCCCAGCCCGCCUCUGCCUGCGCCUGCUUCUGCUCCUGGGCUACAGGCGCCGCUGCCCACCUCUGCUCCGGGGCCUGGUGCAGCGCUGGCGCUACGGCAAGGUCUGCCUGCGUUCCCUGCUCUACAACUCCUUUGGGGGCAGUGAAACCGCUAUUGAUGCUGCCUUUGAACCUGUCUACUGGCUGGUGGACAACGUGAUUCGCUGGUUUGGGGUGGUGUUUGUGGUUCUGGUGAUCUUGCUGACCAGCUCCAUUGUGGCCAUCGCCUACCUAUGUGUCCUGCCGCUCAUCCUCCGAACCUACUCAGUGCCACGACUCUGCUGGCAUUUCUUCUACAGUCACUGGAAUCUAAUCCUCAUCGUCUUCCAUUACUACCAGGCCAUCACCACUCCGCCGGGGUACCCGCCCCAGGGCAGGAAUGAUAUUGCCACAGUCUCCAUCUGUAAGAAGUGCAUUUACCCCAAGCCAGCCCGGACACACCACUGCAGCAUCUGCAAUAGGUGUGUGCUGAAGAUGGAUCACCAUUGCCCCUGGCUAAACAACUGUGUGGGUCACUAUAACCAUCGCUACUUCUUCUCCUUCUGCUUUUUCAUGACUCUGGGAUGUGUCUACUGCAGCUAUGGAAGUUGGGACCUCUUCCGGGAGGCUUAUGCCGCCAUUGAGAGAAUGAAACAGCUCGACAAGAACAAACCACAGAUGCUUGCCAACCAGACUUAUCAUCAGACCCCACCACCUACCUUCUCCUUUCGGGAAAGGAUAACUCACAAGAGUCUCGUCUACCUCUGGUUCCUGUGCAGUUCUGUGGCUCUGGCCCUGGGUGCCCUCACGGUAUGGCACGCUGUUCUCAUCAGUCGGGGUGAGACGAGCAUUGAGAGACACAUUAACAAGAAGGAGAGACGUCGACUACAGGCGAAGGGCAGAGUAUUUAGAAAUCCUUACAACUAUGGCUGCUUGGACAACUGGAAGGUAUUCCUGGGUGUGGACACAGGAAGGCACUGGCUGACCCGGGUGCUGUUACCUUCCAGUCACCUGCCCCACGGGAAUGGAAUGAGCUGGGAGCCCCCUCCCUGGGUAACUGCUCACUCGGCCUCUGUGAUGGCAGUGUGAGCGAUGGCUUGAGCAUUUGUUCUGCUGCCUAUAAUGCCUCGAGGGCCUCCAAAGGCACCUCUGAAUCCUUGAUCAGAAGAGCCAGUUGACCUGCCCUAGGGUACUAUGCACGGUCACCUCAAGGACCCACUUUCUGCUCACUGCAGAUGGAAGACACAAUGUGGACAAAUCCUAGCACUGAUGUCUCUUACUCAGGCAAAUAGAAGUUCCAGUCCCAGACUGGGGGCCAGGCAGCUAGCUACCCUGCCCUCCGCCAGAUUCAGCACUGGGGCUGGUCAUCUCCUUUUUCCACUUGCUGGCUGGGAGAACACCUAAGGUUACAGUGGGGAUUCUGGCUUCUCAAUGGGGCGAAAACACCAGGCCUGCUGCUGAGGUCACUGCCAUUUCUCAGACGCUAGUGAAGGGAGCAAAAAUAAAGGCAUUUGAUUUGUAAAGAUA